AUGAUUCAUCCGGCAACCGCCCCGACGCCGCCCCCGAACCAGCCCAACCCUCCCUCCUCGAGGCCCAGGGCAACCGACGGCGCUAGCGACGAUGAGUCACUCGCCUCGGACGCGAUGCAUCGCACGGCGGCGGGGCCCAUGGCUCGAGCCAACCCGAAGAUGCAUCCUACGUUUUUCGCCGUUCUGGAAAGGUCCUCGCUUUCAUCCGAGCGGCGAUGCACCGUUUCGAUCGGUGCCCCCCAUCAUCCCCCCCCACUCAACUCCUUUCUUUCCAUUCCAUCGGUGCCCUCCGCCACGCCCGUGGCCCAUUGCGGCGGCGUUAUUUCUUCGACCUUUCCCCUCGAGAACGAGAACGUCAUCGACGCUGGGCCGACGUCGUGUCGCGACUGUCACGCGAAGCCCGUGGUGUCGGUCGCCAUCGAACCUACCGCCACUGCCUACCGCCACCGCGUCGACGAAACAGUUCCCCGGCGACUCAAAGGGACUGCCUCGGCACGCACGCCGAAGCACGAAGCCAUCGAUGGCGCCCCCCGCAUCCCCGCUCACGAUGGCGGGGAAGCUCGCCGGCUUAUACCGUUUGCGGUGCAGGUGUACAUACGUAUGGACUGCAUUUCUUGGUGCGUCGGAACCCUCCCCUCGGUCCGGCGAGGAGCGGCCGCCGUCCGGUUUCGAGCACGUCGGCGCUGCGUUCUGGCCGUGGGGAUGGACGAUGGGUCAAUUCCAACGCCGAGUUGUACCCCUCGUUCCGACAUUUGUUUUGUUGCGGCUUGA